CAGCCAAGUCCGGGGUCCUUCUUCAGCAGCCCACCAUAUUGCCUGACCCAACCUCGAAUUCUUUCCAAGCUACUCCUUGGAGAAAGCAAGGCGGCAAGAUGUAACUCUGUUCCUAGAUAUUUUCUAGGAUCGUCUGGGAAUAAGCUGCGUGCCCCUGAAAUUACUGGGUUCUGUUGGGAAAGGUCAGGCAGACUCGACGGACUUCUAAGUUCCUUUCAGGCAAAAUGGCGGGGACUGAAGCGGGAGUGACGCUGGGGCAGCCGCAUCUUUCCCGGCAAGAAUUGACUACUUUGGAUGUUACGAAAUUAACCCCUCUGUCACCAGAAGUCAUCAGUAGACAAGCUACAAUUAAUAUUGGUACAAUUGGCCAUGUAGCUCAUGGGAAAUCAACAGUAGUAAAAGCCAUUUCUGGAGUUCACACAGUCAGAUUCAAAAAUGAACUGGAAAGAAAUAUCACUAUCAAGCUUGGCUAUGCCAAUGCUAAGAUUUACAAGCUUGAUGAUCCAAAUUGUUCCCGACCAGAAUGUUACAGAUCCUGCGGGAGUAGUACACCUGAUGAAUUCCCUACAGAUAUUCCUGGGACCAAAGGCAAUUUUAAAUUAGUCAGACAUGUCUCUUUUGUGGAUUGUCCUGGCCAUGACAUUUUGAUGGCUACUAUGUUGAAUGGAGCAGCUGUCAUGGAUGCAGCUUUACUGUUAAUAGCUGGCAAUGAAUCAUGUCCUCAACCACAGACCUCAGAACACUUAGCUGCUAUUGAAAUUAUGAAACUGAAACACAUUCUGAUUCUACAGAAUAAAAUUGAUUUGGUCAAAGAGAGCCAAGCCAAAGAACAGUAUGAACAAAUUCUAGCAUUUGUGCAAGGUACAGUUGCAGAAGGAGCUCCAAUUAUUCCAAUCUCGGCACAGCUAAAAUACAACAUUGAAGUUGUUUGUGAAUACAUUGUAAAGAAAAUUCCAGUGCCUUUAAGGGACUUCACAUCAGAACCAAGGCUUAUUGUUAUUAGAUCUUUCGAUGUUAAUAAGCCUGGAUGUGAAGUUGAUGACUUGAAGGGAGGUGUAGCUGGUGGUAGCAUUCUCAAAGGUGUAUUAAAGGUUGGCCAAGAACUUGAGGUGAGACCUGGCAUUGUCUCAAAGGACAGUGAAGGAAAACUUAUGUGCAAGCCUAUUUUCUCCAAAAUUGUAUCUCUGUUUGCAGAACAUAAUGAUUUACAAUAUGCUGCACCAGGAGGCCUUAUUGGUGUUGGUACCAAGAUUGACCCAACUUUGUGCCGAGCUGAUCGAAUGGUAGGGCAAGUUUUAGGUGCAGUUGAAGCACUACCUGAAAUAUUCACAGAACUUGAAAUUUCCUACUUCUUGUUGAGGCGAUUACUGGGUGUCCGUACUGAAGGGGAUAAGAAAGCUGCCAAGGUGCAAAAAUUAUCUAAAAAUGAAGUACUAAUGGUAAACAUAGGAUCUCUUUCAACUGGAGGACGGGUCAGUGCAGUGAAAGCUGAUCUGGGGAAAAUAGUGCUAACUAAUCCUGUAUGCACUGAAGUUGGAGAAAAAAUUGCCCUUAGUCGAAGGGUUGAAAAACACUGGCGUUUAAUUGGAUGGGGACAAAUUAGAAGAGGAGUGACAAUCAAGCCUACUGUGGAUGAUGAUUGAAAGCAAAAAGCCAAUUCUUCAGUUUGUAAAAAAAAAUGACAUGUGUUUCCAUACAGUUGGAAUGCAUUUUUAGUGAGGAAGCUGUUGCACAGAUAAUGUCCGCAUUGUAUUGAAAAUCAAAUCUCUUAACUAAAAGUCUUGACAAUAUCUGCAAUAAAUUAAACAAAUUAGCAAAGAUGGAUCAGUAUUUUACAAAAACUAAAUUUGUUUUGUGUUUAUGUCAGUUUUUUAGAGACUGUGGGGCUGACUAUUUGGAUUUUAAACAAUGUAACUCAAGACCCCAUAAUCUGAUUUGGAAUUUUGAAAAUUGCUAAUUUUUUCAUUUAACUCUUAUUGGUCGAGUAACAAAAAACUGAAAUUUUUGUCAAUGAAACAAACUUAAACAAAUAAACUUUUCUUAGAUGAA